CUGCUGUGCGCUUUCUUUCGAAACGACUGGCUGUGAGUGCGCUGAGAUAUGGUCCUGAGCGGUGCAGUUGUUUCAAGCCUCCAUACAAGCGCGACAAGCGCUGUUGUCGAGUCGUAUCUGGUAGUGACCUCGACUGUCCAAGGCCAAAAAGGCGUCGACCGUAGCAGUAGCGUCGUUGCCUGAGCCCUACCCGCUAUCACGAACCCCAGCAACUCCACGUUCACCACCACGCGCAGUCGCAAUACGAAUGAACAAUACACUCGCCGUGGAAAGUUGAUCUGUCAGACUGCGCUGUCACUGGAGUGGCGCUACAAUAAUUCAUAGCCGCGACGGCGUGCACCCGUCUCCCUUUAUUCGACCCCACGCUGCCUAGCCAGCAUGAAUAUCGUAGAAUGGGCCUUUGGAAAGCGUAUGACGCCCGCAGAGCGUCUGCGCAAACACCAGCGCGCGCUCGAGAAGACGCAACGAGAACUUGACCGUGAGCGCGUGAAGCUCGAGAACCAGGAGAAGAAACUGGUCGCAGAUAUCAAGAAGAGCGCCAAGAAUGGACAGAUGGGACCACUGCGUAUACAGGCGAAAGAUCUGGUACGGACGAGGAGGUACAUUCAGAAGUUCUACCAAAUGAGGACACAGCUGCAGGCAAUCUCGCUGAGGAUACAGACUGUCCGCAGUAACGAGCAAAUGAUGCAGUCCAUGAAGGGAGCGACCACAUUGCUUGGAAGCAUGAACAGGCAGAUGAACCUGCCAGCUCUGCAGCGCAUUGCCAUGGAGUUUGAGAAGGAGAAUGACAUCAUGGACCAGCGACAGGAGAUGAUGGAUGAUGCCAUCGACGAUGCUACCGGCAUGGAGGAUGAAGAGGAGAGCGAAGACGUUGUGAAUCAGGUCUUGGAUGAAAUAGGCAUCGACCUCGGCCAAUCGCUGGGAGAGACACCAAAUGGGCUCCAGAAGACUGCUGUGCCUGAGGGUAGAGUAGCGCAAGCAGUUGGCGGAGGCGGUGUUGAUCCAGUUGAUGAUGACCUUCAGGCACGACUUGACAGCCUGAGGAGGUGAAUCAGGCAUUGCGCUUUCUUGACAUAUCUUGAGCCAGGCUUGAUCUGCCUAUAUUCACCUAGGGCAAGCAGCGAUAUGGUCGUCGCCAGUCUGCAGGCUGUCAUGAAGCCAUCUGUGGUGGUAGUGUCUCAUACUAGUCUAUCUUGAAAACGAGGCUGCUUGCAAUCGCUGCUUUCAUGCCGUACACUGCUCGAUAUGGCACUCCAUUCGUCAGGGUUUCUCCGCGACAGACUAGGGAUUUAGUUACAUGAACCAAAAUCUAGAAUAUCCCUGCAUUCUCCACACCCUUUGAG